AAAAAACUUAUCCUCCCCCAAUACUCUCAGUAGGAACCAUGUCUGUCCCAAUUGCCGUUUACAGUCUGCCUGUUAAGGGCGAGAACGUUCCUGCCGUUGAUGAGCAAACGGACUCCUCUGUCCAUCUUACCAUGGCUUCUAUUGAUCCCAGUGAGAAGUCGAACAAACCUGUUUCUCUGAAGGUCACUGUUAUUCCCAAAGUUUUCGCUGAUGAGGAAGUGGACGACGAUGAGAUGAAGGAGUUCUUGGAAGAAAACAAGCAAGAGUUCAUUCUCUGCACCCUCAAGCCUGGUCUCAUUUACCAACAACCUUUGGAUUUUUCUUUUGGUUUCCAGGAGACUGUUACAUUCAGUGCAAUUGGAGGAAGCACCAUCUACCUCUCUGGUAGCUUUAUGGUCUCUGAUGAGCCCUCUGAUGAUGAGGACGACGAUGAGGAAGAGUCUGACUACGACCUUUCUCCCGACGAGGACGAACUCGUUGAGACCUUGAGUGACGAGGAAGAGCAAGCUUCUGACGACAGUGAGGAAGAGGAGGAGGACAGCUUGGACGACAUUAAGGAGGAGAAGCCCAAGAAGUCUGCCGCUAAGACUGCCGGCAAGAAGAGACAGCAACGCGAAGAGGCUGCCGACGACAACGAAAUGGAGGUUGAGGAGCCUGAGGCCGCCGCCAAGCCCGCCAAGGGCAACAAGAAGCAAAAGGCAGAGCCUGCCAAGGAGAAGAAGGUCGCUUUUGCUGAAAAAUUGGAGCAAGGUCCUACUGGCCCUGCCGCCAAGAAGGAAAAGCAACCUGCUGCUUCGUCCGAAAAGAAGACCCAAAACCUUAAGGGUGGUGUCGUUGCUACUGACUACAAGGUUGGUGGUGGUGCUGUCGCUACCAACGGUAAGAAGGUCGAGAUGCGCUACAUCGGUAAGCUUCAAAAUGGCAAGGUGUUCGACAAGAACACCAAGGGCAAGCCUUUCUCCUUCCUUUUGGGUCGCGGUGAAGUUAUCAAGGGCUGGGACGUUGGUGUCUUGGGUAUGGCUGAGGGCGGUGAGCGCAAGCUGACCAUUCCCGCCUCCAUGGCCUAUGGCAACCAGAACAUUCCUGGCAUUCCCAAGAACUCUACCUUGAUUUUCGAGGUUAAGCUCUUGAAGGUUCACAAGUAAAGCCGUAAACGCUAGCGUGUUCUAUUUAACGUUAUUACGAGCAAAAGCUGAACGGAAGUCAAAACAAAACUACUUCCGUACAGCACCGAGACGACAAGCAUGUCAAACAAAACACGCAAGAUGUUUUGCUGACUGUGCCGGCCUUUACUCAAAAAGUGCUUUUUAUUCUUGGGAGGUUUGCGCGCUCUUUACUUGGCACUUCAUGUGACAAUGGAGUACUGUUUGGGACAUUUUGGUAAAGUGAAUUAACAAUGCAUGGAUUCUGGUGAACGAAAGGGAAUUGAGGAGAGAAGGUGCAGCCCGGGAAAGG